UGUGCUUUGCAAAUUUUAUGUUUAGUAGAUAAAUUUAAUAUGCAAAAGAGAAGAAAUGGCUUGCGAAUGUUGAUUUGUGGUCCGUUAAUUCGAAUGCCAAACCAGUUUUACCAGUGAAAUAAUUUUGGUUAUAAUAAUGUCUUUGUAUUAAUUAGCAAUAACAUGGCACAAGCUGAACUAAAUUACAACAAAAAAAAUGUUAUUAUUGUUGGUGGUGGCUUAUCUGGAUGCUUACAGGCACUUUAUUGGUCCAAGAAGGGUUACAAAGUUAACAUUUAUGAAUCAAGACCUGACCCAAGAUCCCAAAAGUAUUAUUCUCGAUGGCGUAGCAUGAAUCUUACCUUGUCAGAAAGAGGUUUGUUACCCCUCCGCUUGGUUGAUGCAGAAGAUGGACUUGAGGAAUUUGGGAUACGACUUUAUGGUCGUGUUUUGCACUCACUGGAUGGAGAAUUAAAGAAACGGAAAUAUGGUAACCCCAACCAUUUUAUCUUAUCUGUUACCCGACAACAACUAAAUCAGCAUUUGAUAAAUCUAGCAGAUAAUGACCCUAAUGUUAAUUUCCAUUUUGAAGACAAACUUAUAGAUGCUGAUUUUAACAAGGGAUCGGCAGUCUUUAAAAAUAUUGAUGGUACCCAUACUGAAACAUGCAGACUCUUUAUCGGUAGUGAUGGAACCUAUUCAAAAGUGCGAGAGCUACUAAUGAAACAAAUAAGGAUGAAUUAUUGGCAGUUAUGCAUACCAGAUGGAUAUAAACAACUUGAAAUGCCUCCAACUGCAAAUGGAGAAUUUGCCAUGGAUCCACAUUAUUUACACAUAUGGCCCAGAAGCACAUUUAUGUUGGUGGCACUUCCAAACAAAAAUAAAACUUUUACGAUGACUUGGUUCAUGUCUUUUCAAAAAUUUAAUGAGUUGAAAACAGAUGAAGAUAUCAUCAAAUUUUUUCAGAAAUACUUUCCAGAUGCGUUUCCUCUGUUUCAUGAAAGAUCUUUGGUAAACCAAGUGCAAUCCUAUCCUACAAACAAGCUGAUCACCAUCAAGUGCUCACCUUACCACCAUUCAGAUAAAGUUGUCAUUUCAGGUGAUGCUGCCCAUGCAAUGUGUCCAUUUUAUGGACAAGGUGUUAAUUGUGCUUUUGAGGAUUGCAUGAUUCUUCAUCAAAUUUUGGAUCAAAAUAAUAUGGAUAUUGAGAAAUCACUUGCAGAGUACUCAGACACAAGGCAGCCUGACGCAGAAGCUAUUGUUGAUCUAACACUGUAUAAUUACACUGAACUUCGGUUAUUAGUCAAUUCUAAGAGUUUUAUUUUUCACCAAAAAGUUGAUUUAUUUUUGCACUGGCUCAUGCCACAGAAAUGGAUCCCUCUAUAUAUCAUGACACAGUUUACAAACAUUGGUUAUGCUGAAGUUGUACAAAGAAGUAAAUUUCAAAACCGUAUUAUCAGUGUGAUUGAAUGUGUUGCAGGUGUUAGCUUUCUAGGUAUUAUAAGUUCUAUUGGAUUUGCACUGUAUAAAUAUUCCAAAAAUUAAAAUUAUUUUCCUCCUUUUCAUAAAUUUUUUGUGCAAACUUUCUGACCAGGUGAACACAAACUACUUUUGUGUGUCCUAAACCGGUAGUUUUGAAACUUUUUAGUAGUAAUGUUUUUUUCUAAAUGACUCAAAGUUGGAAAAGCUAACACCUGUAUUAACAGGUGUUAUAUGUUACAUACAGUAGUUUUUUUAGAGCUUAAGACAAUUUUUUUUCCUUGAUUUAUUCGAUUUGGCUUUUGCAUAGCAUAUGCUGCAGUUGCUGGACAAUUUUUCUUUUGUUUAACUAUUUUAAGUCUUCUUUUUGCUAUGCUUGUUUUUCAUUUUUUGACCUUUUGUUGAAGUAAUUAUAAUGGAAUAAAGCAGAUAGUUUGGACAAAAUAUAAACUGUUGUUUUUGCUCCUGCAUAUUGCUAUGUUUAAAUCCUAUAUGAAUUAUUAUAGUCUAUAGAUAUGUAUCUCUUAGGAUAUCUAAGCAUAAAAAAUAAAUAAGUAGCUCAAAAAGUUAGUGGUUGGGUGUAAAAGUUGAGAAUUGAUUUUUUAGUAAUGUUUCUUUUCUUUAUUUUUAUUAUGUAAAAUUUUUUCUUACUUUUUUUUAUUUUUAUAGUUAUUUUUUCUUGUAAAACAAUUUUUUUUAAAUAAUUAGUUUGUUUUAGGUCUCUUAA